UCGUACGAAAACUCUGUGUGUGGUGGAUUACAUUUUUCAUUUAAGACAAAGACAAGUUUAAAAAAGAAGAUAAGAAGGACCUUACCUUAAUUUAUAGGAGACCACCACUCCUCCCGAUUAUCAUGACUCGAGACUUUGACAACUCUUAAAAUUAAGGGACGAACUUACAGUGUCAAUCUCGUCAACCUUUAGCAACUCCUCAUGCAUCACUCAUUUUCUUCUUCUACUUCGUUCGAGAUGGAUGGUUCUGGAACAGAUCUAGAUAGAAUUGAGGCACAAAGGCCAACGGAUGUGUCUCACGGUCAACGGAACGGAACAUACAUAAGUGCCGGAGCUCCGCUACUCGCCACGAACAUACCCCGUUCAAAUGAUUCCUUUCAAAACGGAGGAGAUGGCGCCACUCCACCUACGGGAGACACCGAAUCUGUGCCAGAGUAUCUUACUAACCUUAGAUUGUCGGAUUUUUUCGCUUUCCCUGGUGAAGAUGUCCAGAUGACUCCGGAGAUUUUUAGUGGAAUGAGUGAUGGGAAGAAAGAAUGUCUGGAGAAGUUGAGAAGCCAAGGAAUGCCAAUGGCACGUCUCAAGAGCAACACAGGAGAUUCAAUUCUUCAUCUUGCUGCUACAUGGGGUCAUCUAGAACUAGUGAAGGAGAUUGUCUCUGAAUGUCCGCGCCUUCUCUUGGAGCCAAACUCGAGAGGUAAGACACCGCUUCAUGUGGCGGCUCAUGGCGGUCAUACCCCUGUUAUUGAGGCUUUUGUUAAGACGGUAACAUUUGCUUCAGCUAGAUUGUGUACUGAAGAGAGUGAGAGACUGAAUCCAUAUGUUCUCAAGGACACAAAUGGAAAUACUGCUCUGCACUACGCCAUUAAAGGGCACUAUUUCGAGAUGGCUACAUGUCUGGUGAACGCGAACCAGGAUGCUCCUUUUCUUGGAAAUAACAAGGGAGAAUCUUCCUUGUUAAUGGCAGUAUAUUUUGGAUAUGUGUCCCUUGUGAAAUUGAUUUUGAAAACUACUGGCAACGAGGACCUUGAAGAGAAGAAGUCUAAAUUAGAUUCAAAGUUACAAGGGAAAAAAUAUCUUGCACAUGCUGCUUUGAUGGCCAAGAGUAAAGAUGUCUUUGAUUUUAUUCUUGUUGAAUAUCCAAGUCUUAUUGACGAGCGAGAUAAAGAUGGUAAGACUUGUCUAUCAGUCGGAGCAUAUGAAGGGUAUUAUGAAGAAGUAUGCAAUCUCUUAGACCGAUCAACAAAGGGUGUUUAUGUCUGCGACCAAGAUGGUUCCUUUCCAAUUCAUACAGCUGCAGAAAACGGUCAUGAAAAAAUUGUUGAAGAGUUUAUAAAACGUUGUCCAGAUUCAAAAUACCUUCUUAACAAACUUGGUCAGAACGUUCUCCACAUUGCAGCACAAAAUGGUAAAUUUUGGAUUUCAGAUUGGUUGAUGAAUAAUAAAGAUACGAAACAUUUGGGUGUUGGGCAAGAUGUGGACGGGAAUACACCUUUGCACCUUGCCGUCAUGAACUGGCACUUUGACUCCAUUACUCAUCUUGCUAACAGUAGCGAGAUACUGAAUUUACGAAACAAAAGCGACUUAAGCGCUAGGGAGAUUGCCGAGUCACAGGUGAAACCCAACUACAUCUUUCAUGAGAGGUGGACACUGGCGCUCUUAUUAUACGCUAUUCACUCAAGUGGUUUGGAAUCUGUAGAGUCAUUAACAAUACCAUCAGAACCGAUAGACCAUAAGAAUAACAGAGAUUACGUAAGCACUCUUCUACUAGUAGCGGCUCUUGUAGCCACAGUGACGUUUGCUGCAGGUUUUACAAUACCAGGUGGGUUUAACAGCGAUGCCGAAAAACCCAACUUAGGCAGGGCAACUUUGGCCAAAAACCCGACUCUCUUCAUUUUUCUGCUAUUUGACAUCUUGGCAAUGCAAAGUUCUGUUGCAACAAUAUGUACUCUUAUUUGGGCGCAAUUGGGUGAUCCACUACUCAUCCGCGAAUCUUUACAUGUGGCCUUGCCCUUACUACUUUUUUCUUUACUAUGCAUGCCCAUGGCAUUCCUUUUUGGCGUGAUCACUGCAAUUGGGUAUGUGAAAUGGCUUUUAGUCAUCAUUAGCAUUAUAUCUGGUUUAUUCUUCCUUUGGGCAAUAUUUAUCCUUGGCCCUCACGUCAUGCUACAGCGGUCGCACCUUUCUCCCAAGUUUGCUGGUAAAUUUCUCAAGACUUUUAUGAUGUCUAAAGACAUAUCUGAGAUUUUUUUGCUUGUGAUAGGGUAUGUAUUUUUUCGCCAUUUCUAAGAGUUUGUAGCCUAUUUAAAGGCAUGGCAAGGAAUGGUUCGUAUGAAUAAAGCAUCGACAAUAUAUUGAUCAAAUGUGACUUUUGUUCUCUUGAAGCAA